ACUGACUGAAGUAUGUUCCACAGACAAUGUUUCCAGGCGUUUGUUCACCGGGUCUCCUUGGAAACCGGCCGAUCACAAUCGGGAAAAAGAGCGGCGGCUAUUGGGAACUGAGCAGGAAGGAGCCUGGCAUAGAAUUCAAGAAACAAUGCAAUCUCUAGUUAAUGAAGGAUGCCAUUAUUCAAGAUUCCCAUUGUACACAGGUUUGGAAUCAUUUCCCAUGCUGAUCAUCUACUAAUUGAAAAAUCCAUUGCUGAAGAAACACAGAAACUUUCUGUUACAAAGAAUGCAGCAAGAAGAAACCCUUUUGAAGUCACAGAACAAUUUAUUCAUCAGUUUAAUCAUGCAAAAGAGCAAAAGGAAAAGGAACAAAUGAUUGAUGUGGCUCGUAAGAUGCUUACCAGAAACAAGCGGAAAGCUGGAUUGAAUGCAAUGGGUUCAGGGAACCAUGUUAAUCUACCAUUAGCUUGGACAGAACUAGCUUUCCUGGUUCAAUGUAAGGAGAAAAUACAAGAAGAGGCUCUGGACAUUCUCUUGGUUUCUUUGGACCAAGCACCAUUGCACCCAGACCAGAUUCCUGUAUUGUUCUUUCUUGCAGAGUCUGUCUUGUACUGGAUCUGUACUGAUGCAGUAAAGCAGUCAUAUCUCUAUGCGUGUGAAGUGAAAAUAAUAAAGCUUGGAUUUUUAACAUUUUUAAGAUUGUUUAUCUUCCACCUGACUGGACUUGUUCAAGCUUUUAAGGAAUGUAUAUUUCGCCUUCACACUUAUCUAGAAGGUCUUCCAGAACGUGAAGCCUGUUAUCAAUCAUUUCCAAAUAUUUUGCUGGGUGUUCGUUUCAUUAUUACAACAGGAGAAAUAAUUUGUGGUUCUGUGAAAUCAAAUGAAGAAUAUUGUCAAAGGACCGGUGAUUUAGUUGAAAAUGUUUGUAGACUUCAGGUAAGAACAACUUGUCGGUGUCCUCGGCAAGUGGCUGAGCCCCAACAGAAAGUAUGUAACAUCAGUCCAAUGCUAAGGGAGUGCCUCCUGGUUUGGGUUUAUGUAAAACAUAAAAUUCAACACUUGGAUGAUAUUCUGAAACAUCUUCUCCUAAGAGAGCAACUGUGCAAUACGGAUUGGAUUGAUUCUGCACUUGGUUUGUUGCUCUUGGGUGAAGCUGCCAAAAUGAACAUGGCUUGUUUGAAGGUCUUGACAGAGCUGGGCACAACUCUUGUAUCACGUGUUGGUUCUAAUAACAUAAAACAGCUAAUUCAUCUCUAUUGCUGUAUACUCGGAGACAUUUGUCUGUAUGGAAGCACCUCAGAAAUUCAAAAGGCUGCUCUAAACGGAUAUGGAAAUUCAUCAAAAUCACCCAAUAGGACGAAUGCACCCGGAUUGCUCCAACUUCUUCAGGUCCAGCCAGCAACAGCACCAGGAGAUGAUCAGGAUAGUAAUUGGUGGAUUCGUUAUGGAGCAGCAUACAGUUUGGCAAAAUUCUGCCACAUUCUUUAUGGUGACAAGAACCAAAAGGGGUUGAGGAAUGCUGCAUGGGAUGCUCUCCAAAAACACCAAAACCUGGAGCAGGAUACUCAAGUCUUGGGAGCUAUUAAAGUAGCUGAGGCAGAGUUAAAUGGCCCAAUAAAUCCUUUCAUCAGUAAAAGCUCUAAAACAUCACCAUCUCUCAGGAACUCAGUAGCAGUUCAUUUUCUGGGUUGGCGAAUAGCUAGCAUUCUGUCUCAGCUUUGCCUGCCUCCUGUGGUUCCUCAUACCGUUUUCCCUCGGAUGUUGCCACAACGGCCAAUUCGUUCAAGGUCUCCACUUCCGAAACAAGUGAACAUAGAAAAGAAAAUGGCACGUCUUUCGCUCAGACAAGAAAUAACAUUAGCACAAGAUCAUGAAUUAUUGCCUGAUUUUAACACUCGAACAAAUUUCAAUCUGCGAAGAAUAGUGGAAGAUCAGUGGAGAAAAGAGUUGCAAACAGAAAUGAAAAAGAAAGAAAAAGAACGGGAGCUGUACCUCCACGAGAAACAGAAAAUAGAGGCAGAAGAUUUUAGUGAGAUGAUAAAGAGGAAAGAGGAAAAACUUAACAAAAAGUCAAUCCUAUCUGAAAUUCCAUCUUAAUGGAAAAUUUCAAGGAUAACGGCGAGUAUCCAAAUUAUUUAUUGCUCCAUCAGAGAAACAACAUCUCCUGGCGAGGGAGAAGUGUCUUCUAUGGAAAUACUGUUUUACCUUCCCGAUUUUCUCUGUGGUAUUGUCAGAAUUUGUUAAAAGACAACAGUGGAAGUACAACUUCUAAUUCUUUUAACAGCUAUUAUUAAUGAAUACAUUUUAUGUCCUAAUAAAAGACAUACUGCUUUACAGUAAUCUAAGAU